AUGAUGAGGAGCAGCCCGGAGCUGGGGCCGAGGCCCCGGCGAUAUCGAGCGCUGCCGCUGUGGCCCGUCACGUUCCGGGCCCCGGAGCGGAUUCCUCCCCCUCCGGCCGGUGACCGAGGGGGCACCAGGGCUGGAAGGAGCGGGGACCGAGGCCCGCCCGGCGUCACCGCCCCCGGCCCGGCCCCGACAAUCGGGUGCUGCGGUUGCCGGGGAACCGCGGGCGCGGCCACAGCGGCUCUGCCGUCAGCUGCCCCAAAACAGAGCUGGUUUGGGGUUUCCCCACCAGAGGUGGUAUUUCAGAACUUCGUCGCUCGGGAGGUCUCUGAGAUGGAGCUGUCUCUCAUUAAUAAGGACAAGAUUCCUUGGCUGGUGAAGGUAUCCAUGGAGAGCUGCCCUUAUUUCCAGCUGGCGUGCCCCAGGGAUGUGUACCAUGUGGUGCCAGCAGGCGCCUCUGCCCCUGUGCGCAUCCGCUUCAGCCCCGCCGAGAACAAGGAUUAUUGCCACCAGCUGGUCUGCAUGACAUCAAGGGAAAGGAUCGUUGUGCCAAUUCGGGCCAUUGGUGCCCGAGCUGUCCUGGACUUCCCUGCCCAGCUGGAUUUCUCCAAGUGUGCAGUCCAGGGCAGCACCCAGAAGACUCUGCUGGUGCGCAAUGUCGGUACCCAGGCAGCUCGUUACCAGCUGAGCACCCAGAGUCCUUUCUCCGUGGUGCCGGCCACAGGAGCUCUGGGCGCUGGUGACACCGUGCAGGUGACAGUGGGAUUUCACCCGCGGGCCAGCGGUGACCAUUGGGGCUCCCUGGCAGAAGGAGAAAUCGGGCCGAAUUGUUCGGCCGAAAUCAAGGUGACCUUCAAACCCCUGGAAGCACUGGAGUAUGGAAGUGUGGCUUACUGCAGCAUCUCAGGCCGUGAGAGCAGGCUGCCCCUGCAGCUCCGAGGGGAAGGCCAAGGACCCUUGGUUGAACUCAGCUCUCAGACUCUGGACCUUGGGAACAUUUUUGUCAACACCCCCCACGUCUAUGAGGUGAAACUGAUGAACCAAGGAGCUCUUGAUGCUCCCUUCACCUGUAUCCCUUCAGCCACCAAGGUGGGCUCCUGCUUCAAGUUUGCACCCGAGGAGGGCAUCAUUGCAGCAGGAGGGAGCCAGACUGUGCAGAUCUCCUUCAGUGCCACCGUGUUGGGCAGCUUUGAGGAAGAGUUCCAGCUCAGAGUGGCUGGAUCUCCUAUGCCUGCCAUCCUGACCAUCAAGGGCAGCGUCAGUGCACUGAGUUUACACUUCGACCUCCCUGAGCUCGACUUCGGGGACAUCUCCUUUGGCUUUCCCUACACCCAGCGCUGUCGCCUCACCAACAGCUCCGCGGUGCCGCUGACGUUCCAGCUCCGCAUGUCGGACGAUGGCACGCAGCCGGCUGUUGACAGCGUGGAUCAGAUCCGCAGGCACAGCGACCCAGCCUGGAGGAAGGGAAUCCAUUUCUAUGUUGAGCCCAGGGAGUUCACCAUGAAUCCCAGCCGAGGGACCAUCCUCCCCCAGGGACACCAGGACAUCGAGGUGACCCUGUGUUCCAACACGGUGAUGGAGUUCCGCCGGAGGAUGCUGGUGGACGUGGAGGGCAUUGGCAAGGGAGUGACAAAACUGUUCAUCACAGCCAGAUGUCUCGUUCCUGAGCUCCAAGUGUCCCCCUAUGUGCUCCAGUACGAUGAGUGCCACCUGAAGGUGCCCUAUGAGAAGAAGCUCGUCAUCAGGAAUCCCAGCCACCUCCCUGGCUGCUACGGGCUUAUUCCCCAGCCCCAGAGCACAGCAGAGAUCCCAGUUGUGGUGGAGGUGCAGGCGCUGGGCGAGCAUCGCACCAACGUUCUCAUCGGCGUGUUCGGGGAUGAGAGAAACCCCCUGCCUGCCAGCACCAAGUCAUGCUCGUGCUGA